AUGGGCAUGACCAUUAGAACCAAAGAUGCAAUUUUUAUGUUCUCUUUGUUCUCCUUCCUCUGUUUUUAUACUCUGUUUUCACAUGCAGCCAAUUCCAUCACACGGGGAAAAUCUAUCAGAGAUGGUGACACUUUGGUGUCAGAAGGUCUCAACUUCGAAAUGGUUUUCUUCGGUUUUGAUAAUUCCUCUUCAAGAUACGUUGGGAUUUGGUACUAUAAGAUUCCUAGUUUAGCGUAUGUAUGGGUUGCAAAUAGAGAAAACCCCGUCAACGGCAAAGGAGGUGCUAUCACAAUGAAAAGUGAUGGUAACUUGGUUGUCCUUGAUGGAGAGAACAAAGAAGUGUGGUCGAGUAACGUGUCAAUUCCUAUGAACAACUCAGAGGUUGUUCUUAAAGAUGAUGGCAACCUUGUUCUUUCAGACACAGAAAAAUUGGUGUGGCAAAGCUUCGAGGACCCAACUGAUUCAUUUCUGCCAGGUAUGCAAGUUCCUGCUAGUGGUGGAAUGAGGCAUGAACCUUCUUUCAGGUCGUGGAAAUCAGCAACGGAUCCUUCACCGGGGAACUUCACAAUGGGGGUUGAUUCUGAGGCAGCACCACCACAGAUAGUGAUUUUCGAGGGAGAGAAAAGGAGGUGGAGAAGUGGGUAUUGGGAUGGUAGAGUAUUCACAGGUGUGUCCAAUAUGACAGGAAGUUAUCUAUAUGGUUUUAGACUUAAUACUGAUGAUAACGGUGGAAGGUACAUUGUAUAUGACAAAUUGAAUAAAAAUGAUAAGGUGAGGUUUCAGGUAGGUUGGGAUGGAUAUGAAAGGAGGUUCUUGUGGAAUGAAGAUGAGAAACGAUGGAUUGUUACACAAAGUGAGCCUUAUUAUCAAUGUGAGUUUUAUAAUUUUUGUGGAAGUUUUGCAGUGUGUGAUUUGUCUAAUUCACCUGUCUGUAGUUGCAUGCAAGGGUUUGAACCAAGGAAUAGGGAUGAAUGGAAUAGUGGGAAUUGGUCUGGGGGGUGUGAGAGGAUGACUCCGCUGAAGGCUGAGAGAGCUAGUAAUGGUUCUGGAACAAUGGUCAGUGUUGGAGAAGAUGGUUUCUCGGAGCGAAAGUUUAUGAAGUUGCCAGAUUUUGGACAUUUGGUAAAUGCUUUUGACAAUGAGGACUGUGAGCGCAGUUGUCUGCAAAAUAGUUCUUGUACUGCAUAUGCAAAUAAUCUUGGAAUUGGGUGCCUGCUUUGGUAUGGGGAGUUGGUUGAUGUUCAACACUUAGACAAUCUUGGAAAUGUACUGAACAUCCGUCUUGCUGAAUCUGAUUUAGGUGAUGGGGAGAAAAAGACCAAGAUUUGGAUAAUAUUAGCUGUUGUGGUGGGGUUGAUCUGCCUUGGAAUCCUUUUAUUGCUUGUAUGGAGGUUUAAGGGAAAAUUCAAAGUUUCCUCAGUUUCUGCUCGCAACAAUAGUAGUAAUAUACCAGUCUUUGAACCAACCAAGAGUAAAGACUUAUCAGCAGAAUUUUCAGAAUCAGCCGAGCUCAGCUUGGAAGGGAAUCAACUAAGUGGAGCAGAACUUCCAUUGUUCAAUUUUAGUUGCAUUUUAGUAGCAACAAACAAUUUCUCAGAAGAAAAUAAGCUUGGACAAGGGGGAUUUGGUCCUGUCUACAAGGGAAAGCUUCCAGGGGGAGAACAAAUAGCUGUCAAGAGGCUUUCAAGACGGUCUAGCCAAGGUUUAGAGGAGUUCAAAAAUGAAAUGAUGCUAUUUGCCAAAUUACAACACAGAAAUUUGGUUAGACUAUUGGGAUGUUCCAUUCAAGGGGAAGAAAAAUUACUAAUAUAUGAAUACUUGCCAAACAAAAGCUUAGACUGUUUUUUAUUUGAUCCAGUCAAGCAAACACAACUAGACUGGGCAAGGCGCUGUGAAAUCAUUGAGGGCAUUGCAAGAGGGCUACUUUAUCUGCAUCGGGAUUCAAGACUUAGAAUAAUUCAUCGAGAUCUAAAAGCAAGCAAUAUUUUGUUGGAUGAAAACAUGAACCCAAAAAUUUCAGACUUUGGGUUGGCUAGGAUAUUUGGGGGAAACCAAAAUGAAGCCAAUACAACCAGAGUGGUUGGUACAUAUGGUUAUAUGUCUCCAGAAUAUGCAAUGGAAGGUCUAUUUUCAGUCAAAUCUGAUGUCUAUAGUUUUGGAGUAUUAUUACUAGAGAUUGUAAGUGGUCGCAAGAACACUAGCUUCCGGCACUCAGACGAUUCAAGCCUCAUAGGAUAUGCCUGGCAUCUUUGGAGUGAACAGAGAAUAAUGGAGCUUGUUGAUCCUUCCAUUCACGAUUCAACCCCAAAGAGUAAAGCUUUGAGGUGCAUACACAUAGGGAUGCUAUGCGUGCAAGAUUCAGCUGCUCAUAGACCAAACAUGUCAUCCGUGGUGUUAAUGCUGGAAAGUGAAGCCACAACUCUUCCCUUGCCAAAACAACCUUUGCUUACUUCCAUGAGGAGAUAUGAAGAUAAAGAAUUUUACACCGAAGGUCUUGAUGUGUCAAAUGAUUUGUCAGUUACAAUGGUGACAGGGAGAUAG